AUGGCUGAAAUUAAGGCCGAUAUUGCUUACGACCACAGGGUUAUAAUAGCUGAUGUAACCGGUAUUUCAGCCCAAAAGCCUGACCCAAAAAGGCGUUUAGCUUCAUUAGAUAUCUUCAGAGGCCUCACUGUUGCUUUAAUGAUUUUGGUCGAUGAUGCUGGAGGAGAAUGGCCUAAGAUUGGACAUGCACCAUGGAAUGGUUGUAACCUUGCUGACUUUGUAAUGCCAUUCUUUUUAUUCAUUGUAGGAAUGGCCGUUCCUCUUGCUUUUAAGAAAAUUACCAGCCGGCGUCAAGCUGUCAAGAAGGUGAUUGUUAGGACUUUGAAACUACUUGUUUGGGGUAUCAUGUUACAAGGGGGCUUUUCCCAUGCUCCUGACAAACUAACUUAUGGAGUUGAUAUGAAGAAGAUAAGAUGGUGUGGGAUUCUUCAGAGAAUUGCUUUUGCUUACUUAGUAGUGGCACUGAUGGAAAUCUUUACAAAAAAAGGGCAACCGAAGGAUCUACCUCAUGACCAUCUCUCCAUUUUCAGGCUAUAUGGCUCGCAAUGGCUGGUGGGAGCGUGUAUGCUUGUUGUUUACUUGGCUGUAAUCUACGGGACUUACGUGCCUCACUGGCAGUUCACUGUCCAGGACAGAGACAGUGCUGAUUAUGGGAAGGUUUUCACUGUAGAAUGUGCAGUCAGAGGAAAACUGGAUCCUCCUUGUAAUGCAGUUGGUUUCAUUGACAGAAAAAUCUUAGGAAUUAAUCACAUGUAUCAGCAUCCUGCUUGGAAGAGAUCGAAGGCCUGCACUGAGAAUUCCCUGUAUGAAGGGCCUUUUCGAACCAGUGCUCCGACAUGGUGCAAUGCUCCUUUCGAACCUGAAGGAAUCCUAAGCUCGAUAUCUGCAGUUCUUUCUACCAUCAUCGGUGUUCAUUUUGGACAUGUGCUUGUACAUUUGAGGGUUCAUACAGCUAGACUGAAGCACUGGAUUGUUAUGGGAUUUACUCUUCUUAUUUUAGGGCUUAUUCUUCAUUUCACACAUGCGAUUCCCUUAAAUAAACAACUGUACACUUUUAGCUAUGUUUGUGUAACAUCCGGAGCAGCAGCUUUGGUGUUUUCGUCUCUCUACGCCCUGGUUGAUAUUCGGUGUUGGAAGAUGUUUCAGCCAUUAGCAUGGAUUGGCAUGAAUGCAAUGCUUGUUUAUGUCAUGGCUGCCGAAGGCAUCUUUGCUGGUUUCGUCAAUGGGUGGUACUACAAUGAUCCUCACAAUACACUGAUAUACUGGAUUCAAAAGCAUAUGUUUAUUGGAGUCUGGCAUUCUCGAAGAGUUGGCAUUCUCCUUUAUGUAAUAUUUGCAGAGAUCAUGUUCUGGGGCAUGGUUGCAGGCAUUUUCCAUCGCCUAGAAAUUUACUGGAAGCUUUAA